AUGUCUGCCCCCGCCCAGAAGUUCAAGGUCGCCGACCUCUCUCUCGCCGCCUUUGGCCGCAAGGAGAUCGAGCUCGCCGAGAACGAGAUGCCCGGCCUCAUGGCUACCCGCAAGAAGUACGCCGCCGACCAGCCUCUCAAGGGUGCCCGCAUCGCCGGUUGCCUGCACAUGACGAUCCAGACGGCCGUCCUCAUCGAGACCCUCACGGCCCUCGGUGCCGAGGUGACGUGGACCAGCUGCAACAUCUUCAGCACCCAGGACCACGCCGCCGCCGCCAUCGCCGCCGCCGGCGUGCCCGUCUUCGCCUGGAAGGGCGAGACGGAGGAGGAGUACAACUGGUGCUUGGAGCAGCAGCUCCUCGCCUUCAAGGACAACAAGAAGCUGAACCUGAUCCUCGACGACGGCGGUGACCUGACGCAGCUCGUCCACUCCAAGUACCCCGACAUGCUCAAGGACUGCUUCGGCGUCUCCGAGGAGACCACGACGGGCGUCCACCACCUGUACCGCAUGCUCAAGGACAAGAAGCUCCUCGUGCCCGCCAUCAACGUCAACGACUCGGUCACCAAGUCCAAGUUCGACAACCUCUACGGCUGCCGCGAGUCGCUCAUCGACGGCAUCAAGCGUGCCACGGACGUGAUGAUUGCCGGCAAGGUCGCCGUCGUCGCCGGCUUCGGUGACGUCGGCAAGGGCUGCGCCAUGGCUCUGCACGGCAUGGGUGCCCGCGUCAUCGUGACCGAGAUCGACCCCAUCAACGCCCUGCAGGCCGCCAUGGCCGGCUACCAGGUCAUCCCGAUGGAGAAGGCGGCCAAGAUUGGCCAGAUCUUCGUCACCACCACGGGCUGCCGUGACAUCCUGACGGGCGUUCACUUCGAGGCCAUGCCCAACGACGCCAUCGUCUGCAACAUUGGUCACUUUGACAUUGAGAUUGACGUUGCCUGGCUGAAGAAGAAUGCCAAGUCCGUCCAGAACAUCAAGCCUCAGGUGGACCGCUUCCUGAUGCCCUCUGGCCGUCACAUCAUCCUCCUCGCCGAGGGCCGCCUGGUCAACCUCGGCUGCGCCACCGGCCACUCUUCCUUUGUCAUGUCCUGCUCCUUCACCAACCAGGUCCUGGCCCAGAUCAUGCUGUUCAAGGCCAACGACCAGGCUUGGGGUAAGAAGUACGUCGAGUUCGCCAAGACGGAGAAGCUCCAGGUUGGCGUCUACGUCCUGCCCAAGAUCCUCGACGAGGAGGUCGCCCGCCUGCACCUGGAUCACUGCCAGGCCGAGCUGAGCACCCUCACACCCGUCCAGGCCGAGUACCUCGGUCUCACCAAGGAGGGUCCCUACAAGGCUGAGAUCUACCGCUACUAA